GGUUUAAACAUACAGAAAGCCCACUAGUUAGAUUUAUAACUUUAUAGUUUAAAAGCCCCUGUGAUCUGUCUGAGAAAUGUCCAUGCAGGGGUCUGUGCUCGCUGUGGGGAAAUGCCUCGCCUGCCUGGAGUUCAUGCUCGCGCGCUCAGGAGGCGUUGGACACACAUGGCUCGUGUUGUUGUUGCUCCAGUGAUCCACGUGAGCUCCGAGCAGCGCUUCCUACUGGCUGAGAGGAGGGAACAAGAGGAGAACAAGAGGCUGUGAAGACCUGCUGCUGCUGCUGCUGCUACACUAUCACACUAUUACCAGAGACGAGAGAGAAGAGCAGUCAGAGACGAGCAGCCGAGGCUGUCACACACACUGUGGAGGAAACCUUUAGUGUUUAUUAACGGAGUUCAGACUGAGGAGGAACCUCUAACCUCCGCAUGCCCGAGGGUCGCGUGUUUCCAGUGUGGCGGGGGAUCGGCCUCGGUAGUGGCGUUGGAGGCAGGUGGAUCCAGGGCUGGGGACGCUGCUUGCGAUGGGAGCCUGACAUUCCAGGACAAGGGGCCCUGAUCCCGGUAUUCGACUACCCCGUCUGGGUUGUCCUGUGUCGUGGCAGGCUCCGGGAGGUUUGUCAGAGAGGGAGGGGUGCCAUCCGACUGCCCACAGAAAUGCUCAGCAUCAAGCUUCCCCAGCUCUUUGACAUCCACCAGGUCCCCAAGGUGUUCAGGGAGGACAGCAUCAUCUCUGGAUACCGUCACCCACAGAGCUCCGUGCUGGACUGUGUCCUCAGCAGCUUCCAGAUGAACAACGAGACGAUCAACAUCUGGACCCACUUCCUGCCAACAUGGUACUUCCUGUGGCGUUUCUGUGUGCUCUGCUCCACCAUGAACUUCCUGACCGACAGCUACACCUGGCCCCUUCUGGUGUACAUGCUGCUCAUCUGCAUUUACCCCUUCACCUCCAGCUGUGCACACACCUUCAGCACCAUGUCCCCAGAGUCCCGACACAUCUGCUACUUCUUUGACUACGGAGCGCUCAGCCUCUACAGUCUGGGUUGUGCCAUAAGCUACGGAUACUACGUCAUGCCGGACUGCUGGGUGAACAGCUGGCUGCAUCAGCAUUUUGUCCCCAUUGCCAUUGGAAACACGUUGUUCUGUACCAGUCUGUCCUGCUAUUCCAGGUUCCUGGAGCUGCAGUUCCCACAGAGAAGUAAAGCUCUGAGGACGGGAGCGUUUGUCCUUCCCUUUAUAUUUGACACUGUUCCUCUGUUUUACAAGAUCCUUCUGUGCUGCGGGGGAAGCUGCAGCCCGAGCGACGCCUUGUCCAGUCACUGUUACCACCUCCUCUUCGCCUUCCUCACCUGUUUCCUGUUUACCGCCCACCUCCCGGAGAGGUUGGCCCCGGGACGCUUCGACUACUUUGGCCACAGCCACCAGCUCUUCCACAUCAGCGCCGUGGUGGGGACCCACUUCCAGAUGGAGGGCGUGAUGGCAGACAUGGCGUCGCGGCGGGCGUGGCUCCUGGCCCACGUGGCGACGCCCUCCUUCCUGGGGACCAUCGGAGUGCUGUUCGCCAGCCUCGCCCUAAACCUGGGCAUCAUCGCAAUUUUCAGCGCCCCGCUGCUAUGGAAACGCUGCCACAGCUCCAGCCAGCCGCGCACAUCCUCGUGCGAGUGCAAGGAGCUUUGAGGGCGUAUUUUCCAACCUCAGCAGUGUGUGUUAGUUUGAGAUGACUGUUAACAGUUUAACACCAGUAGAUUUUGAUGCAUCUUGUUCAGUUUCUCUAACACCGUAUCUGUUCACGUGUUUACUCAGCAGCUGAGGACCCAGUCGCAUUGAUUGAAGCCUUUUUCUGAUGUUCCAUUGAGCUUGUAUUUGAGAAAACGUGUCUACUGUGUACAAAAUGUCUGUCUAAUUUAUUUUUUCCUCAAUGUGCAUUUAAAAAAGGCUCUGGGUUGCAGGAAGCAUGCUGUUGUAACACAAGUGCCUUAUUGUCGACCCACACUUCAUUUACAGUGUUUACAGUAGAUCACUACAGGUUUAAAUCUCAAACUGGAGAUGUCGCAGUUUGCAGGGAUUAGAACUAAUGUUGUUGUUUUUUUGCAUGUACUAGGCCAGAAUCUCCUCAACUUUAGUAAGGAUUUAUUGAAAAUAUUCUUUGUAACUGGACUACUUGGUUAGUGUGGUUGUUCUGUGUAUAAAGCAGUCGUCAGCGUAGACAACUCUACACUCAUUCAACUCUACAUAAUAUAAUGCAGAUUGGGUUGCCGGCUCUUAUAUAUCCACCUAUUGAUUCCACUCUGCAGGGACUGGAAUUGAUUCGCAGGCCAUGUGGUUCUUUUUUUCUGAUUGCCUGCCUUAUUAUGAACCCCACAAUCUACUCUCAACAGGGAAAAAAAUAAAGAAAUCUUACAGCGCGGCGGUGAUUAAAAGACAGGUACCAUUUUUAUAACAGUACGUUUCCAAGGCAACGCUUAGUGGCCUCAUGCCCCCUGAAGGUCUUGAACAAUUUUUAUGUUCUCAGCAAAGGGCACCAUUUUUCUCUUGUUCUUCCAUCACGUAUUAUAAGAUCUGUUCUGAACAUUUAUCACGUCCAAAAGCACUUAAACUCGGUGGUUUAAAUUCAACUUUAUAAGCUUUUUGCAUAUUUCCAGUCCUGUUAAAUUUCCAACACUUGUGGUUUAUAACUUAAGAGGUAUGAAGAGAAAGAGAAGAAGAAUAUUAACUCAUAGUUUGGGGUCGUAUUAUAACAUGGGAGUCUUGUGGUGUUGCAGUAUUGCGGUGCAUUAUACAGUAUAACAAACCAGUAUCACUCCUUAUAUACUGUGGUUGUCUUGUUGGGACUGUUGUAUUCAUUUAACACUGAAAUAAUACGUUUAUAAUUAUAGAAUUUUAUUAUAUUUAUUGCUUAAUUUAGGUGCACAAACAGGGAUGAAGGAGGAGCUCUAGAGUAUCAUAGAUUAAAUAACUAUAGUUGUUAAUAAAUGAAUGAUUCACACGCUGUAAUGUAUGACUGUUAUUGAGCUUUGUUUUCUUAAAACAAGUGGAAAAAGAUUAUUUCAGUAGGUUUACAACUCAAGUCAACUUGUUCCAAGAGAUUAAAAAAAAAAAGUUGACUGAGAGUGAUAUUAAAUUAAUCAUUUGUCACUUUUCAGGCAAACAUUUGCCAAACAUUUGCUUCUUAAAUGCGUGUAUUUUUCUGCCUUUCUGUGUUUUAUAUUAUUUUAAUUGCAUAUAUUUUGGUUUGGGCCUUUUUUGGACAAAACUCUGGAAAUUGUGAUCUGCAUUUUCAUGGUUUUUGUCGUAUUUUACAGACAAAACAAUAAAUCGAGGAAAACAAAUGGCAGAUGAAUCAAGGCUAAAAUUCUGAAAAAACAAAUCAAAUUAUUUCUGAUUUUUCUUUUUUCACUUGUUUUCAUAAAAAUAAAAAUUGAAGGACUUAAUAAUGGACCAAAAUGACUUGAUAAGAUGCAUACAUUAGAUGAUUUAUUAAUAAUAUAGCUAUAGUAGUACUGUAUAUACAGCCUUCAGAGACUAGCAGAGAAGUAUUGUUUGAUAGGUGCUAAUGGGAGACCGGAGGGGAUCACGUUACUAAUCAUCUCUGUUGUAGCACUAACAUACUGCAGGUACAGAUUCUAACGAAGCUCAUUUUAUUUGACGGUUUGGAAGUCUCAUUUGUAUAAAGCACACACUCACAGAUGUCUUUUAGCUGUGUUGGUAGAGAGUUUAAUAAGAGGGGAAAAUGUAUGUGAUAUUAUGGGAAUGAGGUGUGUUACAGGUCCAUGUUGGAUGCUGAAGUAGAAAGGUCGGACGCAGAGUGAAUGUGUAGAAUCACAAAGAGCACACACACACAUUAGUAUUAGAAGAGGGGUUAAAGAUGUUUUCAAGGUUAGUGUGCAGAGUAUAAAAGUCACAGACAAAGCAGAGCAGUAUUUGCCCUUAAUGUGGUUUCCACCGACUCUGUGUUAUCUCCACCCCUGCCGAGCGUUGAUCGAUUUAUUUUAUUUUCUCUACAGUCAUCAUCUUACAGCGUUCCUCGGUUUCACCCUGUUGAUUCUUGGAAUUGCAUCAUUACUGGUUUCUGUUGUGGUUCUUUGCUAUCGACCCAAACUAGUCUGGAACUCAUUUAUUUCUGAGCUUUUGUUGUUUUUCUUCUUUCUUUUUUUCCCUCCCCAUGUCAUCUCGCUCACUCUCAGCCGUUCGGUGCCUGCACUGUUUAUCAGCAGUUUUGACGGUUUUGCAGCUCAGAGAUGCUGAGCGUCGUGAGGCUUCCACAUCAAAUAGAUCGAUGCUGGUGUCGCCUUUCUGAAUUGCAUUUUUUUAUUUUGAAGUUAUCAACUCCCAAGCCCAGAAAUCCUCCAGACCAGAUCACUGUUAUUUUUGAAGGCUUUUUGUCCUGUAAACUUCCUCAGUGGGACAAACAGAUUCAGGUUGUAAUUAUCAGGAAAACUGGGCACUUUUCUUAUGUCAACUUUUAAAAGGAAUAUAUUGAAGGAUGUUUGAAAACUUGAAAUAGAGAGCAGAGACGGGAUAAAACAUUUGACACAAGAAUUCAAAACAGGAUUUGAAAGAGUCAUCGGUGCCUUUUUAUUAAAAUGUUUUAUACAACAACUUCUUUUGAUAUAAUGCUCUGUUUGUUCCUCGUCUGUUAAAAAAAAGACAACAAACUACUCUUAAAACGUAUAAAUACUUAUUUGUUCUUUGCUGUGUAUAAUUUGUUCUGCUAGACGUGUGUAAUAAAUUAAGCCUUUUAUAAGUGUAA